AGGAGGACAGAGUGGGCGGGAACAGCGGUUGUAAACAGCUAGGCUGUGGCUAAGCUAAUUAGCUAGUUAACUCUUCGCUACCUCACUCUCUCCGUCCUGCCUGCCGCACUUUGGACCUCCUUCUCUGGGUUUAAAUGGCCGGCGUCGCCCUGAAGCUGUCCGCUCCGUGGCGCUUUGUCAAAUUAAGAAGCUUGGUCCGGUUCUCCACUAAUCCCAGUCUGAAGAUCCACACCACAGCCUCUCCUCUGAUGGCAGCGACGGUGGAGCAGUUUGAGCAGGCCAAGACCAAACUGUCAACGCUGAAGAACGACCCGGGGAACGAGGCCAAACUCAAGAUCUACGCUCUCUUCAAACAGGCCACUCAGGGUCCCUGCAACACCCCCAAACCGGGCAUGCUGGACUUUGUCAACAAGGUGAAAUGGGACGCUUGGAAAUCUCUGGGAUCCAUAUCACAGGAUGAAGCCAGGCAGCAAUACUGCGACCUGAUUGGCUCCCUGGUGACGGCAGAAGGCGGGACCUCCGUGGUUGCAAAGCCUGCUGGGAGCGGGACGACGUACGAGACGUUAUUGGUCACCACGGAGGAUGACAUCACCACCAUCAAACUGAACCGACCGGCCAAGAAGAACGCCAUCACCACCGAGAUGUACAACGACAUCAUCGCAGCUCUAGAGCAGGCGGCUAAAGACGACUCGGUCAUCACCGUUUUUACAGGUGCCGGUGAUUUCUACUGCAGCGGCAACGACCUGUCCAACUUCACCAAGAUCCCCGAGGGGGGGGUGGACGAGAUGGCCAAAAAGGGGGGGGACCUGCUCAGGGAGUACGUGAAGGCGUACAUAGACUUCCCGAAGCCGCUGGUUGCCGUGGUGAACGGACCGGCUGUAGGCAUCUCAGUCACGGUGUUGGGACUCUUUGACCUGGUCUACGCUACAGACAGGGCCACCUUCCACACUCCGUUCAGUCAGCUGGGUCAGAGCGCUGAAGGCUGCUCCUCCUACACCUUCCCCAAAAUCAUGGGCAACGCCAAGGCCAGCGAGAUGCUGCUGUUCAACAAGAAGCUGACUGCGGCUCAGGCCUGUGAGCUCGGCCUCGUCACCGAGGUUUUCCCCGACAGCAGCUUCCAGUCGGAGGUCUGGAGCCGCCUGAAGGCCUACGCCAAGCUGCCCCCCAACUCUCUGGCUCUCUCUAAACAGCUGAUCCGAUCGAUGGAGAAGGAUCGUCUCCACGCGGUGAACGACGCCGAGGUGGAGCGUCUGAUGGAGCGAUGGACGUCAGACGAGUGUUUCAACGCCGUCAUGAGUUUCUUCCAGGCCAAGGCCAAACUCUGAGACAAGACUCGGCCUCUACAAACCCAACACCCGUCGGAUCACCAGAGCGCCCGCGGUGAGUUUAAAGUCUCCAGAUGUUUCUCCGGAGGCCAGAUGUGAUGACGACUGAUCCUGGAGCAGCUCCUGGUCACAUCUCGGUGGGAACCAACCUCUCACAGCUGGGAUGGUGCUGAGUACAUGCACUUACAUACAUGAAAAUAUGAAUGAAACUAGCCAACAAAAUAACUGCCUACAAGUCCAGCUGAAAUUAUUAGAC